GGUUUUCGGUGACUUUCGAAACGCACAGACUGGUUCGUUGCUCUUCAUGCCUCUGCCCGUUUCAACGUCGGAUAGUUGCUGAGAGCUGGGUCGCGCACUUGUUCAGUGUGACCAGAUGAGGUGAUUCCUCCAGAAUCCCAUCCAGGUCGGCGUAUCGAUAUUUGGUCCAAUACAACAUAUUCCCGCGUGGUUACUGGCCCAAAGACGAGAUUGUCAAAUUUGGAUCCGUUCUCCUGGGUUCCGCAUUCCCCUUGCGAUCACUCCAUCGUUCUGAGUAGGAAGCACGGGCAGGCCCAGCCCUUCACAACUAAAUUGCGACGCCGGCGGCUCUGACGUCUUGCGAAUCCGAAAUUACGGCAUCUGUUGCCGAGUCGAGUCUCUGGGGCGAACGGGACGUUGAAGGAUAUCGGUUUCAAAUAACGCGGGAUGUCCAAUGUCGAGAGUGCCAGAGGAAACAGAUGGCAGCUGUAUCGAUACAAGGCCACGCCCGACGACUUCGUCGCCAUUUCUCCCUUGACGGGAACUUGUCAAGAGCUGAAGGUGAAGCGGGAACGUGCUGCAGCUUACAAGCAUGGCAUAUCCUGCGUCUAUGUCGGGGCUUUCAUUGGUGUACGGGCCCUGUCAGGUCUGACACGGUACAGCGGAACCCCUAGUGAUUGCAAACCCCGGGAAACGCAAAUCUACACAGAGUUACUUGGUAAAUGCAAGUGUUCUGGCAGCCCAGACUCACCAACCUUUAGUACCUGGCAUGGCGACACAGUGACGACAUGGAAUUCAGUCAGCAACUUGACUUAUUUGCACUAUUGCCCAUGGCGAAAGUUGGUGGUGCCGUCAUUUGCGAAUAUCUCGAAUCAACUUAGCGAAACACUUGGUCCAUCUACCGCCAUUGACGCUAUUUCCACCCGGAAGCACCAAGCCGGCAGAGGCUCCCGUGGGGCUUUCGGAGGGAGAAAGUUCGAACUGCGGCUAGGCACCAGCAAGUCGGCGACAACAGUCCGAAGACCACUCAGAUUGCCCACACAAAUUCAUGAUGAAACCAUGUUUGCUUGUUGA